UUCUUUGAGAGCCCCAGGCAUCCGGCAGUCUCGUGACUGACCUCUGACCUUCCGUGAGUAAAAACGCGGGCCUUGCGGACUCCAGACGUACAAGAGACACGAGAAUACGUCUUAAAACCGCUCAAGACGCACGUAAGACGUCAGUCAUGAGGCCAACUCUAGUCCUGCUGAUUGGCUGCCUGGUUGCCAUGGUGACCGGACAGGGACCCGACCCAUCCAUCUGCGACCCGAACCCGACCAAUCCCGGCCCUCCGCUGCCCGAGCUCCCGCCAAGGUUUCAGGUCCAUGUGGAGGCGAACAUCCUGGAGAAGAACUACACCAUGGUUCAGCGUGAGUUCUACGACUACCCAAACAACAGGGGUGCGCUAUUGUCGUACGGAAACGGGACCAGGACCCACCAAGUGUACGACUACAGCACGCUGGAGAAGUUCACCUUAUACGACAACGGCACGUGUAAAACCUCCAACAUGUCGACCUCCCGGUUCAACUUCUUCUCCUACCACAUGGAGCAUGGCCACGCCCACAUCAACAAGGCAGGGUUCAUCCUACACUUUGGCGCUGAGUUCAACGAGACAUACAACGGUACGACGACUGUACGCGGGAUCCCAGUGAACCACUGGUACUCGUGUAUGCACAAUGCCACCUGGAACUCAACAUACAAGCUUGACUUUUACUUCUCCGUCCCUGGGUACCCGACCGCCUCCGGCCAGGACGAGAUUCCCGUACGCGCCGAGAUACGCGGGAAACGGCUAGAAUUUAACCCCCAGACAAGAGGGCCCUCGGAUACGUACAAGUCCAUCCACCACAUCUAUGACUUCCAGGGUUUCCAUACGGUCACACGCCAUGACCAGAACUGGGUGUACCAAACGGAGGGGUAUGUCUGCCCCGGGCGGGUCAACACCAAAUCCGUGCCGACCACGCCCGACCAGUUUUACGCGGAGGUCGAGAUGAUCAACGAGAAGAACCAGACUGUGCGUUACAUGCGGGAGUACUUUGACUACAAUGCAAAGCUGUUCCGAAUCGACUUCCACCCGACCAGCAACAGAAGCAAGCGCUGGUCCUUCGGCCCUGUCCAGCACAAAGCCAUCCACGACUACAACUCAGGUUUGGAGUACCUGAUAAGCUACCAGCCGGAGAACUGCACCAUUCGCCCCAUCUCCAACUACUCCUUUGAUGCUGACAUCGACGCUAACGACCACACCAAGGUCCACAUGAAGAAGUCUUACGAGAUGUUCCACUUCGACGACAAGGACUUCACCUACUCAGGAGUGAGCCGAGUGCGAGACAUCAUGACGGACGUGUGGGUCAGCAGGGAGGUGAACUAUCAUGUUCCUCAGGGCAGCAAGUACUCCACAGACUUCACCUACCAGUGGUACUUCUCAGCCGAUAACUGGAAGACUACCACCCGCCAGACGAUGAACCAAUCACAGGUGCCGGUCAGGCUCCACAUGAAGGGCAGCUGGAAGCGUGACGAGACGUCCACCCCACGGGAGUCAGACUUAGUGUUCAACAUGUUUAACUACGACUCCGGAGAGCAGUUCCUCUGGCACUUCGACAUCUCCAUGUGCUUCAAGGACCCCAGCAUGCAGAAACCCGUCUUCUUCCAGAUGCCAGAUCUGUAUAACGACCUAAUCAGGGGAGACAAGUACCGUUUCUACCGCAGCGUACAGUCCGCAGUGGCAAAGGCUGCUGGGAUACACCCACUACGGGUUACCAACGUCUGGCACACUCCGACAGACGGUCCCCUGUGGGUGGGGGCGACUCUACUGGCCCAUCCCGAUGUGCAGGGUGACAGUGUGGAGAUGCAGCCACAAAAAACGCUCGACGCAGCCUUCAACGACUUCAAGAACCGCGUGGACGGAAACACGAUGGUCGUUAAGUUCACCCCAGAUCCCUCACGUGGACAGGAAGUUUACCUGACCGCCUUGCCAGGUACGCUGGAGACGAACAAGGACCUCAUUAGCUUCAUCAUGGAGAGGAACAAACCUUCCAACACCUACCAACCAGGAACUGUGGCGGGGGUUGCCAUAGGAACGGUGUUGCUUGGUGCUAUAAUCGGAAUGGGCGUUGGCUGGUUCCUGUGGAAGUACCGCCUGCAGGACGUGCCGUACGGAACGCAGACAUGAGCGCCGGUUGGGAGGCAACCCUCGCUGCUAAAAACCUUCGAACCAAAUAUCAUGUACCCACUUCACACCGGUAUCUGACCCUUGAACUAUGAUGUCAUAUUCUGAAGACCUAUUAAUUUUCAUGGGGACAAUUUUGAGGAAGGAGUGGAAAGGAAGUUUUCACUUUGCGG